UCGUGAACUCCACGCCCCUUUCUUCUCCGUGAGGAGAAAAAAAACACAAACCAAUCAGCCAAUUUUUUUUUCUUGGUCAAGACAUUGAUUCUCACAACAAUCUCUGCAAUAAUCAAGCUCAGAGGUUCAUACCGCAUCUCAAAAUAUUGUGCUCAGAGUUUUCAGACAUUUACGGUCGUUUAGGAAGCUCUCGAGGGUUGUUUUUAGAAACUAGGGAACGUGAUAAUGGCUAGUAGCGAGAAUUUGGAGAAAUCGAGUAAAGAGAAGGAACCUAAAACACCGCCUUCUUCUUCUGCUGCUCUUCCCUCUUCACAGGAACCUUCGUCGGCUGUGAGUGCUGGCAUGGCUACUCCAGAUUGGUCUGGUUUUCAGGCAUAUUCUCCAAUGCCGCCACCUCAUGGUUAUGUGGCAUCAAGUCCCCAACCUCACCCUUAUAUGUGGGGAGUUCAGCAUAUGAUGCCUCCUUAUGGAACUCCGCCUCAUCCGUAUGUUGCAAUGUAUCCCCCAGGUGGCAUGUAUGCGCAUCCUUCAAUGCCUCCGGGUUCUUAUCCAUAUAGCCCUUAUGCUAUGCCUUCUCCAAAUGGAAUGACUGAAGCUUCUGGCAAUACUACAGGCGGCACUGAGGGUGAUCCUAAGCAACCUGAAGUGAAGGAUAAAUUGCCCAUCAAAAGAUCAAGGGGAAGCUUGGGAAGUUUGAACAUGAUUACAGGAAAGAACAAUGAACCUGGGAAAAACUCGGGAGCGUCAGCUAAUGGAGCUUACUCGAAAAGUGGGGAGAGCGCUUCUGAUGGUUCAAGUGAAGGAAGUGAUGGAAACUCUCAAAAUGAGUCAGGAUCUGGACAAGACGGAAAGGAUGCAUCUGAGAAUGGUGGUUCUGCUAAUGGUCCCGGAAAUGGAAGUGCUGGUACACCUCUUCUACCAGUGAACCAGACCGUGCCAAUCAUGCCAAUGACAGCUGCAGGUGUUCCAGGCCCACCAACAAAUUUAAAUAUUGGGAUGGAUUAUUGGGGUGCCCCUACUUCAUCUGCUAUCCCUGGAAUGCAUGGGAAAGUAUCUACAACAGUUCCUGGAGUUGGUGCUCCAAUCACGCGAGAUGGUGGCCAUUCACAACCCUGGUUACAGGACGAUAGAGAACUUAAGCGACAAAGACGGAAGCAGUCCAAUAGGGAGUCUGCUCGAAGAUCCAGGUUGCGUAAACAGGCCGAAUGUGAUGAGCUGGCCCAACGCGCCGAGGUGUUGAAUGAUGAAAACGCAAAUCUCAGAGCAGAAAUCAACAAGCUCAAAAGCCAAUGCGAAGAGCUCACCGCUGAGAACACCUCUCUGAAGGACCAACUUUUGUUAUUCCCUCCACUUGAAGGCAUAAACAUGGACAAGGAUGGCCACGAACCAAACACCGAUCAAACAGGCGGCGCAGAGCGAAAGGUUGAUUCCUACAAAGACACAAAGUGAAAAGACAUACAGCAAAACCAAUUCCUAACACAGGUAUAAAAAAAAGUAGCAGCAGCAACAACAACACUCCACGGUUCUUUACUAACAGGUGGUUGUAGGAUUUUAGACAUCAGAGAUCAAUUGGUUCGGAAUAGUUCCUUGUCUUUCUUGAGGGUUGUCCGUCCAGUGUGUGUGUGUUGUAAGUUAAAUUAGAUAUUGGGAAUGUUUUGUUUUAUUUGCAAAAGCGAUAUUUGAGGCAAUGUGCUUCUCUGUAUCAAAUUUUCUUUGAUUAGAUAUUUUUCAGAUUGAUGUUUUCUUCACUUGAUGAAGUAAGUUUAUUUAA